CAACGAUUGAAAAUCAAUUUGAAAUUGAAGUCAAAGAUGAUCAUAAUAAACAACAAUCUCUUAGUUUAUUAACAGAAACAACAACUGCAGUAAAUGAUGAUAAACCUGUUCAAUUAUCUCCAACAAAAUGGAAACGUUUCUUAGGAAUAUUUUAUAUAUUACUAUCAACAUUUAUUUUUGUAACUUCAACAUUCAUAGCAAAAGAAUUAAACGUAGAUGUACUUGAUGCAUCAAUUGCGUAUUGUCUAGUGCAUAGCAUCAUAUUGUUUAUUUAUAUGAAAUUUAUAAAACAUUAUUCAUUAUAUAAACAAGCAAGUAAACAAGAAAUAUUUUUUUUAUUCAUCAAUGUUUUUUUCUCUGCAACUGGUGGUUUUAUUUUUUUUCUUGCUUUUCGUUAUUUAACAUUGCCAGACUUAACAACAAUACGUUUUACACAAAUUAUUUGGACAGCAAUUAUAACUUCAAUUCUUUAUCAUGAAAAACCAUCUAUAUCAAUGAUAAUAUCGAUUUUAUUAACAACUAUUGGUGUAAUAUUUGUUGCUCAACCAAGUUUUUUAUUUAAUAAAAUAUCAAAUAUAAAUGAAAAUAAUAUAUCAAAUGAUUAUUAUCAACGUAUAAUAGGUGUCUGUUUUGCAUUGUAUUCUGCAAUAGUAUUUUCAAUAAUGAUAAUAUCAAACAAAUAUUUACUAGAGAAAUAUAAAACAAAACAAAGUUUAAUAAUGUUUCUAUAUUCAUUUGUAACAUUAUGGAUGUUAAUUACCAAUGUCUUUUAUAAAUAUAAUUUUUUUAUUGAUACAAUGCAAUCAUUUAAAAAUGACUUUUUCAAUUGGAGAUAUUUAGUUGCUUCAUCAAUUUGUUUAUUACAAAUACCUGGAUUUGUCUCAACGAUUGAAAAUCAAUUUGAAAUUGAAGUCAAAGAUGAUCAUAAUAAACAACAAUCUCUUAGUUUAUUAACAGAAACAACAACUGCAGUAAAUGAUGAUAAACCUGUUCAAUUAUCUCCAACAAAAUGGAAACGUUUCUUAGGAAUAUUUUAUAUAUUACUAUCAACAUUUAUUUUUGUAACUUCAACAUUCAUAGCAAAAGAAUUAAACGUAGAUGUACUUGAUGCAUCAAUUGCGUAUUGUCUAGUGCAUAGCAUCAUAUUGUUUAUUUAUAUGAAAUUUAUAAAACAUUAUUCAUUAUAUAAACAAGCAAGUAAACAAGAAAUAUUUUUUUUAUUCAUCAAUGUUUUUUUCUCUGCAACUGGUGGUUUUAUUUUUUUUCUUGCUUUUCGUUAUUUAACAUUGCCAGACUUAACAACAAUACGUUUUACACAAAUUAUUUGGACAGCAAUUAUAACUUCAAUUCUUUAUCAUGAAAAACCAUCUAUAUCAAUGAUAAUAUCGAUUUUAUUAACAACUAUUGGUGUAAUAUUUGUUGCUCAACCAAGUUUUUUAUUUAAUAAAAUAUCAAAUAUAAAUGAAAAUAAUAUAUCAAAUGAUUAUUAUCAACGUAUAAUAGGUGUCUGUUUUGCAUUGUAUUCUGCAAUAAAUUCUGGAUUUAAACAACGAAAGAUUUUAUCAUCUGAAUUAUCAACAAUAAAAGCAUAUGAACAAUAUUCAAGACCAUCACUUUCAGCUAAAAAAACAAAUAUAUAUAUGAAUGGUAGCGACAAAAAAAUUUCCUGA